AUGACACUGGAUUGUGCUUCAGAUAUUGGAUUAGGUAUUCUUGUUGGCACGAGAAUGACUAAAGAAUUGUGUGCAAAAGAAUUGUGUGACUUUUACAACAGAAACUUAAUGAAGCUUUAUUUUGGAACAUGGAUAAAAUAAAAUUUGCUGGAAAGGAAUGAGAAAAAAGCCAGGAAGAUGGCUCUACAAUAAAUCCAUUAUAAUAUCUAAAUAUUAAAAGUUAUUAUACAGAAGUGGAACAUGUGUGUGGAGACCAACAAGUAAAUGAGUUUGGCUCACUGCAGAAAAUUCACAGACAAAGGUUUACCAUACCUGCACUCUUGCAAAGGCUGUCACAAGAUCAUCUGUUUGGAAAUUCCAGGUUGCAUUCAGGUUUGUACUGAUGUCUUCAAAAAUACUGCCAAUGGCUGCAAUUAGAUUCAAGAUCUGCUAAUCAGCAAAAUGUUAACUCUUAGAGAGAGAUCUAUCCUCUCAAAUGACUUCAAAGCUCUGGUUGAAAAAUGUCAACAGGUAAUGUCUGUUGUCUUUCUUGACUCUCCAAAACUUUCUGACACAACUUUUAAAGCCCUUGCAGAAUGUAAACUUUUGAAGGUCAGCAUUGAAGGGAAUAACCAAAAUGCUGAUUUAAGUUUCAAGCUGAUGAGUAAAUGCUGCCCCUACAUGAGGCACAUUCAUGUGGCUGAUUGCCAGUGGAUUACAGAGUCUGGUGUUAAGAUGAUUUCACCAUUGAAGUAUAUUCUUGUACUGAAUAUGGCAGACUGCAGAAGUGUAAGUGUAAGGCCAUUUCUACAAGGUUCUUCAGAAGUUAAGCUGAGAGAGCUGAGUGGUUUGAGAGCUCUUGGUUGCCAUGGAAAAAUAUUGGAACUUUCUAUAUCACAAUGCAAAAACUUCAGUGACAAUGGGAUUCAGUUCUGCAAGGGCACAGAAUACCUGGAACACUGCCAUGUCUCUUACUGCCCUCAGCUGAUAGAUGAAGCUGUGAAAACAAUGGCAUUUCACUGCCACAGACUGACAUCUCUCAACAUAGGAGGUUGCCCAAAAAUGAUUGACACAUGAAUCCAACACUUGGCUGCAGCCUGCCAUUAUCUCCCCUUCUUGGACAUCUCAGGUUGCAUUCAUCUUACUGACAACCUGAGAUAUCUUUGGAAAGGCUUUGAGCAACUCCAGAUUCUCAUAACACUGUACUGUAGAAAAAUUACCAAACAAGAUGUCUUGGAAUACACAGCUGAACUGGAGAAACAGGAACAUAACAAUGCUGACCAUCCUUCCUGGCUUGGAUAUGACUGGGAUGGUAACAUAAUCACCUUCACCAAAAAACACAGAUCAGAGCCUGAAAAAACAAAUUCUUCAAAAUGA